GGAUUCUUCAGCCGGAUUUUGGCGGUGAAGGACUGCUGCCUGUGAGCAUUCAGAAUGCCGGUCAUCGAUGUGGAGAAUCUGACGGACAAGGACAAGGCUGUUAUGGAAGUAAACCAACUUAAAAUAGAAGUAAAACUUGAGCGAUGGGUGACAUCAAAAUGCUGUGAGGAAAUCAAGGAGUACAUUCAGGCUGGAGAGGAGGAGGACACCCUUGUCAAAGGCAUUUCAGAGGAGAAGAACCCCUUCAAAGAGAAAGGUGGCUGUGUCAUCUGCUAGAAUGGACCUGAGGAGCUUUUCGUAUUUCAGAUUAGCACCCAAGGACAUUCUCCCCUCCCCUUGCAAAAUGGAUUUGCAGACUGAGAUGACUAGAAGGACACAAUAAAGAUGAAGCUACAAAACUGCACAAGCUCCCAUGUAAAUUAUUCCUAAUAAUCUGGCCAGAUUUGUAGCCUAACAAAUACAAGUUUUGUUUGGCAAGAGUUUUAUUAAUGCUUCUCUCUCAUGUGGUGUAAAUAGCGAGUAAAUGGGCCUGUGUGUUGUUUCAUACACUGAAACAAAUGUCAUUAAAUAUGCAUGUUUAUCACUCAGCCUGUCUCCAUGAGUUCCUAAUUGGUUUUAGACAAGAUAAAGGGACAGAUUAUCUUAAUAAUUCAUUUCACAUACAUUUUAUUAUAUUGCAAUCAUUAUUUUGUAGCACGCAUCCUGAGUAACAUUAAACCUAAGUGGAUCAUCUUUAACUAAUGGGGUGUGUGCAAGUGUGAAUGAUUGUCCUGCUUUUGUUUUUUCCCAUUCUUCUUUCUUCAUUGUAUGUAUUAUCAAACUUCAUGUGAAUAAUUGGGACAUUAUUGGACAGGAAUACAUGCAGUAAUUCUACAAAAUAAUUGAAACUUUCACCAAAGUAAAUUUCUUCCUGCAGAUUUAGAAAUUCAUAGGAACGAGCUAAAUGUUAAAACUGUGCAUUUAAAUAUGUCUUACACUGCAAUUCCCUCAGCUUCAUUUAGGCUUUCUUCCAAGCUUUCAGUUCAGAACGUAAGUGAUGGUGUAAUAGGAGUGGUAGCAGAGUAUUUUUCCUGUGUAUUACACAUCUCUCUUAAUGAUUGAACUUGAAGAGAA